UGGUCUUCUCCGGGGAUCCAGGCCGGGAGGGGAGACUGCGGGGCCGCAUGUGGAGAGAUGCCUGGCCUCUCGGCGCUAGGCGCGGUGGGAGCCGCGCUGGUGGUCUCUAUGUUCCUGCAGCAGCGUGGGGACGAGGGGCCCGGGGCUGGCCCCAGCAUGGCGGACAAGGAGGCUCUGCCGAAGCUUCGGGAAGACUUCAGGAUGCAGAAUAAAUCCGUCUUUAUUUUGGGCGCCAGCGGGGAAACCGGCAAAAUACUUUUGAAAGAAAUCCUGGGACAGAACCUGUUUUCCAAAGUCACGCUCAUUGGUCGGAGGAAGCUCACAUUCGAGGAGGAAGCUUAUAAAAAUGUGAAUCAAGAAGUGGUGGACUUUGAGAAGCUGGAUGACUACGCUUCUGCCUUUCAAGGUCAUGAUGUUGGAUUCUGUUGCCUGGGCACCACCAGGAGGAAAGCUGGAGCGGAUGGCUUUGUCCGUGUUGACCGAGAUUAUGUGCUGAAGUCUGCAGAGCUGGCGAAAGCGGGAGGGUGCAAACAUUUCAACCUGCUGUCCUCAAAGGGGGCUGAUAAGUCCAGCAGUUUCUUAUACCUACAAGUAAAGGGAGAGGUGGAAGCCAAGGUUGAAGAACUAAAGUUUGAUCGCUUCUCAGUGUUUCGGCCGGGAGUCCUACUGUGUGACAGGCAAGAGUCUCGUCCAGGCGAAUGGCUGGUUAGGAAAUUCUUCGGCUCUCUGCCAGUCUCAUGGGCCAGUGGGUACUCUGUUCCUGUGGUGACAGUAGUUAGAGCCAUGCUGAACAACCUGGUGAGUCCCAGCAGCGGACAAAUGGAACUUCUGGAAAAUAAGGCCAUCCUCCACCUGGGGAAAGACAGUGAUGUGCCCAAGCUGUGACCUCAGUGCCUGUCACCAAAUCAGUCAUUUUGGGGUCUAUAAAAAGUCUCUCUAUGGUCCUUCAUGGUGUCCCUCUCCUCAUCUGUGCAUCUCUGCACUGGUUGGUGAUGUUGUACCGGUUGUACUGUAAGUCAUCCAGGGAGCUAUGGAAGGACAGGUCUAUAUCACCAACCUGGAGUUUGUGGGUUGAGAACAGGGAUCUGUGGUUUUCUUUGACUUCCAUGUCCACUGGAGGCCCCUGUGCCUCAUGUGGUGAGACCAGCUUUGACACACUCCUACAGAGAUGCCUGAGCAGUAUCGCCCUACCCCUCCAGGCAGGCAAGUGCUCAUGAAGCGUGUUUAUAGUCUAGGCUCCCAGCUAGCUCCAUGGUGCUGAUGAGCUGCCUAUAGCUCAGUGAACACUGUGCCUUUACUCUGUGUCAGCACUGAAGUUAUGAUUCGUGGAGGAAUAAAAGUGAAUGGACAAAC